AUGAAGUUCUCCGCCAUCCUCGCCCUCCUGCCCCUGGCGGCCCUCGCCACGCCGACACCCACCGUCGAGAAGCGCGCGUCGACCUACUGCGGCCAGUGGGACUCCGCCGUCACCGGCACGUACACCGUCUACAACAACCUCUGGGGCAUGUCCUCCGGCACCGGCAGCCAGUGCACCACCCUGACCGGCCUGUCCGGCAGCAACCUCGUCUGGUCCACCAAGUGGAGCUGGUCCGGCGGCCAGUACAACGUCAAGUCGUACGCCAACGCCGUCGUCAGCAUCACCAAGAAGGCAUUGAGCUCCAUCGGCAGUAUCCCCUCGACCUGGAACUGGAGCUACUCCGGAAGCGGCCUCGUCGCCAACGUCGCCUACGACCUCUUCACCUCCUCCACGGCCUCGGGCUCCGCGCAGUACGAAAUCAUGAUCUGGCUCGGCUCCCUCGGCGGCGCCGGCCCCAUCUCCGCCACCGGCAGCACCAUCGCCACCCCGACCAUCGCCGGCCGCACCUGGAACCUGUACAAGGGCACCAACGGCCAGAUGACCGUCUUCAGCUUCGUCGCCCCCAGCAACGUCCAGAGCUUCAGCGGCGACCUCAAGGCCUUCGUCACCUACCUCAUCAACAGCCAGGGCCUGCCCUCAUCCCAGAUCCUGCAGAGCAUCGGCGCCGGCACCGAGCCCUUCGUCGGCUCCAACGCCGUCUUCACCACCUCGGCGUACACCGCGGUCCUCAACUGA